GGGCGGGGUGUGGCUGAAAGGAGUAGGAGCAGAACAGCCCGUCCCCAUUGGCUGAUGUUUGCACUUUGUUGCUUUAGAUUUGACGACAGCCCAAAGUGCAGUGUUAAAUUCCAGCUCCCAGCUGAAGGGUUGCCUUGGUGCUGCAGGAAAGGCAGUGAGAUCUUGUACCACAGCAGAGGUUACACUGACCCAGCCCAGUGAAGAUUUCUGGAGACCAUGACCAAGAAAAGAAUUGCUGUGAUUGGGGCAGGUGUGAGUGGGCUCUCGUCUAUCAAAUGCUGCCUGGAUGAAGACUUGGAACCCGUCUGCUUUGAAAGGACUGAUGACAUUGGAGGGCUCUGGAGGUUCCAGGAGAAUCCUGAAGAAGGAAGGGCCAGUAUUUACAAAUCUGUGGUCAUCAACACUUCUAAGGAGAUGAUGUGCUUCAGUGACUUUCUCAUCCCAGAUGAUUAUCCCAACUUCAUGCAUAACUCCCAGAUCCUAGAGUAUUUCAGGAUGUAUGCCAAAGAAUUUGACCUUCUAAAGUAUAUUCGAUUUAAGACCACUGUAUGCAGUGUGAAGAAGCAGCCUGAUUUCUCCACUUCAGGCCAAUGGGAGGUGGUCACGGAAUCUGAAGGGGAAAAGGAGGUGAAUGUCUUUGAUGGAGUUAUGGUUUGCACUGGCCAUCACACCAAUGCUCACUUACCCUUGGGAAGCUUCCCUGGAAUUGAGAAGUUCAAAGGACAGUACCUCCACAGUCGAGAAUAUAAGAACCCAGAGAGUUUCACUGGAAAGAGAGUUCUUAUAAUUGGGAUUGGGAAUUCUGGAGGGGAUCUGGCUGUGGAGAUUAGCCACACAGCCAAGCAGGUUUUCAUCAGCACCAGGAGAGGGGCUUGGAUCCUGAGUCGAGUAGGAGACUAUGGAUAUCCUUUGGAUGUGUCAUCCUUAUCUCGAUUUCAACAUUUUUUGACAAAGAUUUGUAGUCAAUCUUUAGUAAACACAUAUUUGGAAAAUAAAAUGAACCAAAGGUUUGACCAUGAACUGUAUGGCCUAAAGCCUAAACACAGAGCUCUGAGUCAGCAUCCAACAAUAAAUGAUAACCUGCCAAAUCGUAUAAUUUCUGGCAUGGUGAAGGUGAAAGGAAAUGUGAAGGAAUUUACAGAGACAGCUGCCAUAUUUGAAGAUGGCUCCCGGGAGGAUGAUAUUGAUGCUGUUAUCUUUGCCACAGGCUAUAGCUUUGCCUUUCCUUUUCUUGAAGAUUCUGUCAAAGUAGUCAAAAACAAGGUAUCCCUGUAUAAAAAGGUCUUCCCCCCUGACUUGGAGAAGCCAACUCUUGCAAUCAUAGGCUUGAUCCAACCCCUGGGUGCCAUUAUGCCCAUCUCAGAGCUCCAAGGACGCUGGGCCACUCAAGUAUUUAAAGGGCUAAAGACAUUGCCCUCACAAAGUGAGAUGAUGAAAGAUAUAGCUAAGGCUCAAGAGGAAAUGGCAAAAAGGUAUGUGGAGAGCCAACGUCAUACCAUUCAAGGAGACUAUAUGGAUACCAUGGAAGAGCUUGCUGAUCUGGUGGGUGUCAAGCCUAAUCUGUUGUCUCUGGCCUUCACCGACCCCAAAUUGGCAUUACAAUUAUUACUGGGACCCUGUACUCCAGCCCAGUAUCGUCUACAGGGCCGUGGAAAGUGGAAUGGAGCUCGAAAAGCUAUCCUCACCACAGAAGAUCGCAUCAGGAAGCCUAUGAACACAAGAGUCAUUGAAAGCAAAAGUUCCAUGACUUCGACAAUAACAAUGGCCAGGCUCAUGCUGGCUGUUGUUUUCUUUGCUAUAAUUAUCACCUAUUUUUAGCUGUCCCAUUGUCAUUGCCCUAGUUUUCUUUGGGAAGCUGCAUCUAGAGAUGCCUUCAGAAUCUGAUGAAAUUGAACUCUCAGCUUCACAUUGCUCAGAAAUCUACUUUUAUUUCUCUUUCUGAAGCAUUAAUCUUCUUUCCUCUUUUCCCUACAGUGAAAUCCCAGCUUUUCAUUCAUAUGGACUUACUGUCCUUCCUCUUAGGACUUAUCACUUUUUCCUUCCAGCAAUGCCUGGACUGUGAGCUCAGGUACCCUUUCAGUCAUCUUUGUAUGUCCUUAGCAGAGUUCUUGACAUGUGGUAGGUGCUUAAUAAAUGUUUGCUCUCAAUUAUCAAAUAUUAUGGUGGAGGACAUAAGUCAAUAUCUGUAAAAGAAAUGGAUGACUCCAUGUAACUCUGCUUCUAAAUUCAUUGACUCUCUCAUUCUACUUAUAAUAUGCAAAGUUACAAAAAAAUCAUUGGUUAACUUCUAAACCAAGCUAUAUAAUUAAGAUGUGAAUAGGAAAUUGAACUUAAAACAACUCAAGAUACAAAGCCUUAGGUACUAAUGAAUGUGUACUAAUACUGAUCAAUCUGCCAUAUCUUGCUUUUAUAAUUAUAUUUGUCAAUGCAAAUAAUCCAUAAUAAAUCUGUAAAUCAAAA